UCACAUUACAGCAGUUUAGGGCCGCACACAUUCGGAGUUUCGCACAGAUAAUUGAAUUUGACUUGUUUGUACUGCAAACUGAAAAAUUAGAAAUGCAAGCAAACAUUUCGCUUUUUGUUAAAUAAAAUCUGUGCGUAACAUUUUUGUAUUGAAUCGUAACUUACAGUUUGAUUGGAAAUAAUACAGUGACACUUUUGUCAUUAGUUUCAUUGCUGCAUUUAAUUUCAUAAAAAGUGCGAUUUCUGAUGUUAAAUAGGUGCUUUUAAUCCUUGUAACAAAUACGUAUUAUGGCAGAAAUAGAACGAAGAAAAGCAAAGUUUCAAGAUAUCGAAUUACUAACAACAGCAAACGAUUUAUUUCGUUUAAACAAAAAUUCAUGAAAUGGCAAAAACGAAAGAAGUGAGAUUGUCAGAAUGGUAUUUUGGAGGUCUAGCAUCAGCUGCAGCGGCGGCCAUCACACACCCACUAGAUCUGCUCAAAGUACAGAUGCAAACUCAGAAAGGAAAAAACAUUUCAAUGUUUAAGUUGACUGGGAUUGUUCUUAAAAAUCAAGGAUUCUUUGGCCUUUAUAAUGGCAUAUCAGCAUCACUCCUCAGGCAGUUGACUUAUUCGACAGCAAGAUUUGGUAUAUAUGAAGUUGCUAAACAGAGGCUUACUCCAAAAGAUGGUAGUCCUAUACCAUUUUACAUGUCAGCAUUCCUAGCAGGCCUAGGAGGAUUUGCGGGCGGAUUUGUUGGCAACCCUGCAGAUUUGGUUAAUGUGAGGAUGCAAAAUGAUAUAAAGCUACCACCAGAUCAAAGGAGGAAUUAUAAGAAUGCCAUACACGGCCUGUGGCGCGUGACAUCCAGGGAGGGGGUGUUCCGGCUGUGGGCCGGCGCCAGCAUGACGUGCAGCCGCGCCGUCCUCAUGACUAUAGGACAGAUCGCUUUCUACGACCAGAUCAAGGUCAUGCUGCUGGCCACAUCAUACUUUACGGAUAAUGUCGUCACACAUGUCACUUCUAGUCUUUUAGCUGGGGCCAUAGCGACGACGAUGACGCAGCCAGUAGAUGUCCUGAAAACGAGGGCAAUGAACGCAAAACCUGGUGAAGUGAAGAGUAUUUUCAAACUCGUCAAAAGUACUGCUAAAGAAAGCCCUUUAGCAUUUUUCAAAGGAUACAUUCCGGCAUUCGCGAGGCUUGCACCGCAUACUAUACUCACUUUCGUGUUCCUAGAACAACUUAGAAUCAAUUUUGGCAUAGUCAAAGUAGUACAAGUUAAAUAGGCUAAUUAUUAUUUAUAGCUUAAAAUACAUUGCAUUAGAUUAGUUGCAUUUAGUUAAACAUUCACAAUAAUUUUCAACACGGUGUGAGUGCAGUAGGUAUCUUCAAGAUUGCACUAUAGUCAUUUAUGCUAUUGAUUAUUAAAUUUAAUGACAGUAAUGACGAAAUUAGGGAUCAUGAUAUUCUUGUGGUAAGUUUAUAGCAAAGUACCUACUACAUAAUGAUCAAUAUUGUCAGAGCUUUAGGUGCUAUCAUAUCUCCUAUUACUAAGUUAUUUUUUUUUAUUUAAUUUUAAGAUUUAUUGUUUUAAGCUUCAAAAUAUUUUUUGACACAGGAAACAAAAAUGAAAUCAGUCUUCCUUCUCACAGUGUACUGAAUCUACAAUUUAAAAUCUAUCACAACCGAUUAUUAUUAGUACCUUCUGUAAAAUAAUUACAUUAUUUGGUAAUGAAACAAAUGUGUCCCAAAGCAAUCUAUUUAGAGUAAUGUUUAUUUUUGAAAUAUAUCCGAAAAAUAUAAUAAACAAAGUUGAUAUAUUAAAAAUUAUUGAGAUUACAUUGUUGUUGUAAAUACUUACUUUUUUGUGCCAAAUUGUGAUUCUCUCGGCAAAGUUAAUUCCAAUUAGAAUUGAUGUUUAUUUUUAUAUAUUAUUUUUAAGAUAGUCCACAAUAACAUUACUACUCUUGUGGAAUAAACUAACAAUUGUUAUUUCUGUUAAAAUAUUUUUACUUAAAAAGAACUAGACUUGCCAAGUGUUACGUAAAUUCAUUCCUGAAUAAAUACAGGUAACUGUUAUAUUUUUGUAUAAUUUUAUUUUUAGUUUUGUGAUAUUGAAUCUUGUUUUAUAGAAACGCAAUUAAUGAAAGUAGUUAUGAAUGGAUAUCUAUUUUAUUACGUGACCAUUACAUGUUAAAUCUUAUAACUGAAGAGUUUAUAGUUUUUGUAAAAUUAUAAUUCUUUGUUAUUGAUGUAGUUGUCGUUCAUCAAUAUAAUGUUACCAGAUCAAA